AUGGAAGAGCAGGACCCAGAAGGACCUGGAACGGGCAAGAGAGAAAGCAAAGGCCCCAAACCCAUCCUAGCUGGGAGUGGUGUUGGAUUCUGGGAAAGCCCUGAGCCAGAGGUCUGUUAUCAGGUCAAGGCGAUCUCAGAGGAAUAUCGCCAGCGUUUCCGGCAAUUCAGCUACCAUGAGUCUGAUGGGCCCCGAGAGAGGUUGGGACCAUCUGUGAAGAUGGAAGCGGAGGUCUCUGAGGAGGAAGGGUCUCCCUUGGAAGAAGAGCAGAAGGCGCAGGCCCAGGAGCGUGCCCAAGAGGCCCUCUCACACGGAGAUGUUGAGGAGUCAGUUGGGGAAUUUCACCGGUUCUCACUGGAAAAAGCCAAGUUUGAACAGGCUGAAGGAAACUUUGAGAACAGAGAUGAACCACAGAGGCAGGAAGGAAACCAUACACUGAAAAGGGGGGUUAAGACUAUUCCUCGCCAAGGAAGCAGGUUCCAUGAAAUCCCUGUCUGCAGCCGUCACCAACGGACUCUUUCAGGAAUGAAACUGUUCAUCUGUUCAGAAAAUGGAAUGACAUUCUCUGGUCAAAGGAAGGCAUAUAAAUGCCAUUAUUGUGGAAAGUACUUCAGAUACAGAACACAGCUUUUAGUACACCAAAGAAUACACACAGUACAGAAACACAUUGAAUUCUCAGUGUGUAGAAAGAAGCUCAGUAUGAAUUCCAGUCUACAAAAGAACCAAAGAACCCACACAGGGGAGAAACCUUUUGAAUGCUCAGAGUGUGGAAAGAGAUUUAGUCAGUAUGGCAGUCUUCAGUAUCAUCAAAGAACCCACACAGGGAAUAAACCGUUUGAAUGCUUAGAGUGUGGAAAGGGAUUUAGUGGCAGUGGCAAUCUUCAGAGGCAUCAAAGAAUCCACACAGGGGAGAAACCUUUUGAAUGCUCAGAGUGUGGAAAGAGAUUCAGUCUAAAAUACAGUCUUCAAAAGCAUCUAAGAACCCACACCGGAGAGAAACCUUUUGAAUGCUCGAAGUGCGGAAAGACAUUCAGUCAGUGUGGCCAUCUUCAGUAUCAUCAAAGAACCCACACAGGGGAGAAACCGUUUGAAUGCUCAGAGUGUGGAAAGAGAUUCAGUGCAAAUGGUGGUCUUCAACAGCAUAAGAGAACCCACAAAGCAGAGAAACCGUUUGAAUGCUUAGAGUGUGGAAAGAGAUUCAGUUUGAAUUCCAGUCUUCAGUAUCAUCAGAGAACCCACACAGGGGAGAAACCUUUUGAAUGUUCAGAGUGUGGAAAGAAAUUCAGUGUGAAUUCCAGUCUUCAAAAGCAUCUAAGAACCCACACAGGGGAGAAACCUUUUGAAUGCACAGAGUGUAGAAAGAGGUUCCGUUGCAGAGGUCAUCUUCAGUCACACCAAAGAACCCACACAGGGGAGAAACCUUUUGCAUGCUCAGAGUGUGGAAAGAGAUUCAGUUGGAGUGGCACUCUUCAGCAGCAUCAGAGAACCCACACUGGGGAGAAACCUUUUGUAUGCUCAGAGUGUGGAAAGAGAUUCAACCGGAGUGGCUAUCUUCAAAAGCAUCAAAGAACCCACACAGGGGAGAAACCUUUUGAAUGCUCAGAAUGUGGAAAGAGAUUCAGUCAGAGCGGCAGUCUUCAAAAGCAUCUAAGAACUCACACAGGGGAGAAACCUUUUGAAUGCUCAGAGUGCGGGAAGACAUUCAGCCAGUAUGGCCAUCUUCAGUAUCAUCAAAGAACCCACACAGGGGAGAAACCAUUUGAAUGCUCACAGUGUGAAAAGAGAUUUAGUGCAAAUGAUAGUCUUCAACAGCAUAAGAGAACCCACACAGGGGAGAAACCGUUUGAGUGCUCAGAGUGUGGAAAGAGAUUCAGUUUGAGUUCCAGUCUUCAGUAUCAUCAGAGAACCCACACAGGGGAGAAACCAUUUGAAUGCUCACAGUGUGGAAAGAGAUUCAGUGUGAAUUCCAGUCUUCAAAAGCAUCUAAGAACCCACACAGGGGAGAAACCUUUUGAAUGUUCAGAGUGUAGAAAGAGAUUUAGUCAGUGUGGCAGUCUUCAGCAGCAUCAGAGAACCCACACAGGGGAGAAACCUUUUGAAUGCUCAGAGUGUGGAAAGAGAUUCAGUUGGAGUGGCACUCUUCAGCAGCAUCAGAGGACCCACACUGGGGAGAAACCUUUUGAAUGCUCAGAGUGUGGAAAGAGAUUCAGUGUGAAUUCCAGUCUUCAAAAGCAUCUAAGAACCCACACAGGGGAGAAACCUUUUGAAUGCUCAGAGUGUGGCAAGAGAUUCAGUGUGAGUUCCAGUCUUCAGCUGCAUCAGAGAACCCACACAGGGGAGAAACCUUUUGAAUGUUCAGAGUGUGGAAAGAGAUUCAGUAUGAAUUCCAGUCUUCAGCAGCAUCAGAGAACCCACACAGGGGAGAAACCUUUUGAAUGCUCACAGUGUGGAAAGAGAUUUAGUAACAGUGGCAAUCUUCAAAGGCAUCAAAGAACCCACACUAAGGGA